AGGGGUAAACUGUCAUGGCGGCCUCCUAUCAGACAGCAUGUACAGCGGAGCAGAUUUAGAGCAGGUCAGAAUAAAACACUGAGACUGUAGCGGAGCUCUGUCCGAGUCAGACAGCGGAGUAUAAGCGCCGCUCUGUCACUGUGUUGGUGGAAGGCAGGUGUACCGUGGAGGCGCCAGAGAGAAGUCUUGAAGCUGUAUCUCACAAUGGCAGUAAGCAGCUUUCGUGUCUGUGGUCGCUGCAGAUUUGCCCUGGGCAGCCGUGGAUUUGCAACAGCAGGUAACACUGCCCCAAGGAGGAGAGAGCCAACAGACUACAGGCCUGUGUUCCAGUAUGUAGGUGAACACAGAAAGCCUAGGGAUAAGGUGUUUGUGUGGGGCUUUAGCUGCACAGGUGCACUGGGGGUUCCCAGCUUUGUGGUUCCUGACAGCGGCAGAAAAAAGCUCCGAAAAUACCAGCUCACUCCUUACCGCCUCGACACGGAGCAGAAGAUCUCCUCAGCAGCCUGUGGUUAUGGCUUUACGCUACUGGCAUCUAAUACUAAAGACCUCACCAAAGUGUGGGGCAUGGGCCUGAACAAGGACUCGCAACUGGGCUUUCAGCGCACACAACACUACCGCAAUAAAAGUUAUGACUAUGUGCUGGAGCCGUCCCCGGUCUCUCUGCCAUUGGUUAACCCCCAGGAGACGCGUGUCCUGCAGGUGUCUUGUGGCCGGGCACACUCUCUGGUACUCACAGACUCUGAAGGAGUGUUCAGCAUUGGUAAUAACGUGUAUGGCCAGUGUGGAAGGAAGAUUGUUGAGAAUGAAGUAUACAGUGGCAGUCAUCUUGUCCACAAGAUAGAGGGCUUUGAGAGUCGGGUCGUUCAGGUGGCAUGUGGGCAGGACCACAGUUUGUUUCUGACAGAGACGGGCUCAGUGUACGCCUGUGGGUGGGGGGCAGAUGGACAGACAGGUCUAGGACAUCACGACAAGACUGCAAUCCCUGUCCUAGUUGGAGGAGACUUGGCUGGGGUCAAAAUUCAGCAAGUGAGCACAUAUGGAGACUGUAGCUUGGCUGUGUCUACAGAGGGUCAGCUCUUCGGCUGGGGCAACUCGGAGUACCUGCAGCUCGCCUCGGUCACCGAGACAACACAGAUCAGCUCUCCACGAUUGCUUCCUCUUGAUGGGGUGGGCAAGGUCACACAGGCUGCAUGCGGGGGAACCCAGGUUGCCAUAUUGAACGAUGAAGGAGAGAUGUUUGUGUGGGGCUAUGGAAUUCUGGGAAAAGGGCCUAAUCUAUCAGAGUCUGAAAUGCCAGAGAAGGUGCCAGCUACGCUUUUUGGGAGGUCGGAGUUCAGCCCUACAGUGAAAGUCUCUCACAUUCGCUGUGGACUCACCAACUUUGCUGCCAUCACAGACCGUGGUGAAUUAUUUGUCUGGGGCAAGAAUGUGAGAGGGUGUCUAGGCAUCGGGAAACGAGAUGACCAGUAUUUUCCAUGGCGGGUCACAGUACCAGGUCAUGUGGUGGAUGUUGCCUGUGGAGUUGACCACAUGGUGGCGCUUGUCAAGUCCAUCAUAUGAGUUCAUAUAAGUUGUCAACUGGAUUCUGAGGGAGAGUGAAUUUCUCUCGUAUCUGAUCCUGCUGAGCUCCGGGAUCAUUUGAGGGAUUGGGGUAUGCUUCAUCUAUGAUCUGUGGACCCCUCUUACCACCUGCUGUGCUAAAUCAGUGAAGCCAAGAGCAGAUAUAAUGUGACUUGGGUGAAUGACAGCUCAUCUGCUCAUCCCUGCAUGGACAGAAAAUACUGAUGAAACUGAUGAAGCUUGAAGCCUCUCGUAGCUUUUGGACAACUUGAGACCUUUUGCAUGUCUUAUGGUUCAGUCAAUAAUGCUAAUGUUGCUAGCAUUGAAUGAAAGCAUAGAAGUUCCAGUUACCUUAGUGAGUAAUAUAAUGCAACAGAUUAUGAUGCAGCUCAUGUUUCCAGAUCAGAUUUUGGCUUAAUAGGUCAGUAAGUGCGUUUAAACGCAAUUUAUAAUCCGAUUACUGCAGAACAUCAGAGUUUGUUUUCACAUGAACUCUGGUAAGCAGAUAAUAGGAAAACUAAUAGGUCAAUGUUCAGCUCUUUUAUUUCCAACCAACCAUCAAUAAUCUCACAGAUUAAAACCCAAUUUUAAUGCUCUGGGUUUCUGACACAUUUUGCCACAAUAUGAACAUACAUUAGCUAGAAGAUAAAGAGUAUUUAAAUCUUUCAGUUUAGCUUUGCUCUGAAAGUGUUCUAUUGUCAUGGGGCGCAGAAUUAAACACUGCUCGUUAAUUUACGACACCAGGGUCUGUUUUCAUGCAUGCACAGACUGAGAAAUUUGAGAAUACUCCAAUUAUGAGUAUAAACAGACUGAAAAAUUUGUCUACUGACCUAAAAUCUAACCCAUUCUUAAUUCUAAAUUUUUAGACCUUACUCUUACAUUCUAAGAAUUUGGAGUUUGCUGUUUUAAUGCCUCCUGAACUGAUUUUUUUGUAAAAGCACUAAAUGUGACAGUAAUCUGCAGGUUUCAGUGCUAAAAGCUCCUGGAUCAGCAUUUAAGGACCACCUGAACAGGAUGAGCAUAAACUUUUAAAAUUUUAUCUUCGAGUGGAAACCAACCAGCUAAGCAGCUGAUUGUUCUGAAGAUCAUCUAACCUCUUGUUUUGAUGCACAACUAUCCUGCCCUGCUUGUGAAGAUCUGUAUACUUUAAGACUGACCCAGCAUUUUCAUCUAUUGAUCCCUAUUGUAAAAAUCACUUUUCAUUUUGCACUAAAAUAAAAUGUAUUUAUAAAGUUC